AAACGACUGCUAGAAAAUAAAAAAUACGAUACAUUUUUACGUCCAGUACAAAAUCAAAGUAUGUCAGUAAUGUUAGAUUUGCGAAUUGAAGUGAUGUCUUCUUUAGAAAUAGAAGAAGAGAAACUCGCAGUGGAGAUUUCACUAUUGUUGAAAUUUUCAUGGUUCGAUGAAUUCAUGAUGUGGAAUUCCUCCGAGUUCCCGAACAAUAAGAAACUUUUUAUUGAACGUGAACAUAUUUGGUACCCUAGAAUAGUUUUCAUGCACCAAGCCAAAGGAGAAGGUAUUAGAGAAAUUGGGGAGGCCACGUGGUGUGUGGAUUCGACAGGAAGAGUGAAUUACACUUUUCCAAUGUUCUCAAGAACACUUUGUGAUAUGGAUAUUUUAAAAUUCCCGUUUGAUGUUCAAUCAUGUCAUGUCAUGAUUCUUAUCCAAAAUUAUUUUAUGGAGGAGGUGGAAUUUAGAAAUGUUGAGGUGGUUAAACAUUUUCCACCUGGACAAAAAUGGAAACUGGUAGAUGGAAAAGUAUCUAAAAUUAUCCGAGGAGGGGAGGAUCGGUGGAGUGUAGCGGAUUUAGUUCUGGUUGUUGAAAGACGGUCCACAUUUCUCGUAAUAAGCAUCAUCGUACCGCUUGUAACGGUUUCUAUUAUGAACCCUAUGGUGUUUCUUAUUCCAGGAUCGUCGGGAGAAAAAAUCUCUGUCGCUGUCACAGGACUUCUCACGUAUCUAGUUUACAUCAAUCUGGUUAGUGAAGUUUUACCCAAAACAUCU